AUGCCCUGCCCUGGGCUUCCCUGGCUCCGCCACCCGAGGGCCACUCAGGCCUCGGGCUCCAGCUCCCCGGGCUCGCUCUCUACGCCCCGGUCCCCAGGCCGGGGGGAGGAAGAGGACGAGGAGGAUGGGGACUGCACCCCGGGCUCGGGCCCCAUCCUGCCCCCCGCGUCCCCUGUGGAGUGCCUCAUCUGCGUGUCGCCCUUUGACGGCGUGUUCAAGCUGCCCAAGCGCCUGGACUGUGGCCACGUCUUCUGCCUGGAGUGCCUGGCGCGCCUGUCGCUGGCCACGGCAGGCGGCGGCGACGCGGUGGCCUGCCCGAUGUGCCGCGCACCCACGCGCCUGGCCCAGCGCGGAGGGCUGCCCGCUCUGCCCACGCAAGCCGGGCUGCUGUCCCGCGAGGCGCGCGCCCUGCCCGCGCGCCAAGGCUCCGUGCGCUUCGACCGGCGCCGCGGGCUCCUCUACCUGCGCCCGCCUCCUGCGCCCGGGUCGCGCAAGGCACGUCCUGUGCGCCCGCCGCCCCCGCCUCCGCUGCGCCUGGGCCGCCCGCUGUCCCGCCGCCUGACGCUGGACAGCCCCACCUGGGCCUUCAACGCCGCGGUGGCGCUGGCCGUGCUGGUGACCGCCGGCCUGGUCGUCUCUGGUGUCUACAUCUUCUUCCUCAUCCCUCAUGCCGCCUCUUCCGGCCCCGCGCGGCCCCAGCUGGUGGCCCUUGCUCCGGCGCCUGACUUCUCCCGGUUCCCGGCGCAGCCCACGCCCGGGGCACCCUGGACCCCUGCCUGGACGCCAGGCCCCACGGACCGUGACCUGGAUGCUGUCCUGCCGGGGUCUGCGGAGGAUGCGCUGGAGCCCCAAAGGAGCCCCGGGGACGCAGAGGAGGUGGAGGGGACGCUGGACAGGCCCUCAGGCCGCGGGUGGGAGGCAGCGGACGGCCGCGGCCAGGCCCCUGGGCCAUGGGGCCGGGGGAGGGUAUGGGGGGCACAGUAA